AUGCCGUUCGACGACGUGAUAAAGCAGCUUCCUUCACGGAUCCGUCGCAAAUUCGCGCGCAGCAACAUCAACCGUCACCGCAUGGAGAGGUUCCUGACCAAGUUGGCCCGCGCCAAAAAGGCCUGUGGAGUAGGCCAGCGCCCCAAGCCCGUGAGGACCCACUACCGCAACAUGGUUGUUCUUCCGGAGAUGGUCGGUUCGCAAAUCGCCAUCUACAACGGCAAGGUCUUCAUGGACGUCGAAAUCAAGGUGGACAUGAUCGGCCACUAUCUCGGCGAGUUCGCUAUCACCUACAAACCCGUAACACACGGAAAAUACGGUGCCACCACAGCUAAGGUCACCAACUCUAAGAUGUAUCAAGUCCACUACUAA